AUGUAUUGUGGAUCACCAAUGGACGGGCGUCGGAGGCACAAAGAACAGGAGGAUAAAGACUGUCUUUCGCCCGUGAUUGUCCCACACAAUGCCUCGGUGCUAAAGUUAGAAUACGGUUCGGGAAUGUGGAUAAGAAAUUAUGCCGAUGACAAUGAGGAUAAGAGUCAAAGAAAACGAAUAUGUGGAGAGCGGCACGGGGAGCACGGCCUCUUCCACGCCCUGGAGAUCCUGGACACGGCCGGCUCGCACCAUUUCCCGGCCAUGCGAGAGCUCUCCAUCCGCUCCGGGCGCGCCUUCGUCAUAGUGUUUGCCGUCAACAACGAACAGAGCUUCUACGAGGCUCAGUCGCUCUGGAACCUCAUUACCAAAAUAAAAGGUAGCGACGGCGCCCCCGUGGUCGUGGUGGGGAACAAGGUCGACCUCGACCGAGAGCGAGUCGUGAGCUUCCAGAGGGCACAGGACUGGGUCGAUACAGACAUGAGCAACGCCUCCUACCUCGAGACGUCAGCCAAGUAUAACAUCAACGUAGGAGAGCUGUUCAAGCAGUUGCUGAUCAGGACCUACGGAUUGGCCAAUAACGAGAUGGCCCCUACAGGAGCUCGAGGUCGUCUCAAGUCGUUGGGGAACAUAAUGGAGGUCGUCCGGAGGAGGUCCUUCAGCCUCGCCCAAGCCGCCUCCUGCAGCGCCAUACCCGACCACCCGGAUAUACGAGACCAGAAGUGCGCUAUUCUGUAAACCUGUAACGAAUGUGACCUGUAACUAAGAAGGAGUGUCUUGAAGAGGAUCUGGAGGGUGACGUAUAGACCUGAGGGUGGAUUAAGAGGUGUCUGAUGGAGGGAGUGUGACCUGUAAUUAGAUGGAGGACCCGGGAUAUAGAGGGUGACCUGUAGUUAGUAAUCUGGAGAGAGAGAGAGGAGAAACCUGAAGGUGACCUGUAACGUCAAGUAGGUAAUUUUUCUUUAGGGUGACCAAAAAAAAAGGAGAUCGUGACC